AUGGAUGAAAACAAAGCACAGGAGCCCAUGUUGAGCGGCUCUCGUCCUCCACCAACAGACGACCAUGGCCCCGCGACGGCGACUGUGACUACCCCCACCGUCGCUGAGCAUGGCACAUUGAAAUACUCCCUGCUGGGGCCCUCCCUGACCAAGGCCGGCCAGGACUCGGUAGACCAGUCCAAGGUUUCGGAGAUCAUCUACAAUGCCUCCAAAGGGUCCAAGUUCUUCAAUCACGAGGAGGUGCGCGACAAGGUGCUGACGCAAAAGAUUGCCGCCAUCCAGACCAAGAAGCGGCGCCUGGAGCAGCUGGACCUUUCGCGCGAGCAGCGGCAAGCCGACCAGCUGAUUGCGCAACUCGAGCUGACGCGCGACCUGACGCAGCACAUUGUCCACGUCGACUGCGACGCCUUCUAUGCCGCCGUGGAGCAGCUGGACCGGCCCGAGCUCAAGGACGUGCCGUUCGCCGUCGGCGCCGGCGUGCUGACCACCUGCAACUAUGCCGCGCGCAAGUUUGGCUGCCGCAGCGGCAUGGCCGGAUUCGUGGCCAAGAAGCUGUGCCCCGAGCUGCUGCUCAUUCGGCCCAACUUUGACAAGUACACGGCCAAGGCGCACGAGGUGCGCGAGGUCCUUGCCGACUAUGACCCCAGGUUUGAGAGCGCGAGCAUCGACGAAGCUUACCUUAACAUCACCGAGUAUUGUGCUGAGCAUGACAUUUCUCCCGAUGAUGCCGUUCAGCAGAUGCGGGAUGAGAUACACGAGAAGGCCAAGAUUACAGUGUCGGCAGGCAUCGCGGCCAACGCCAAGCUCGCCAAGAUCUGCUCGAAUAUGAACAAGCCGAAUGGCCAGUAUAGAUUACCCAAUGAUCGCAGCGCCAUCAUGAGUUUCAUGCGAGACUUACCGUGUCGGAAGGUAAAUGGAAUAGGCAGAGUUACGGAGCGGGAGUUGUCUGAGAUAGGGGUCAAGACCUGCGGUGAGAUCUGGGGCCAGCGACAAUACUUGCGGCACCUUUUCGGCGACAAAACAUACGAAUUUCUCAUGAUGUGCCAUCUCGGUCUGGGCCGGACCAACGUUCAGCCCGCCGAGGACUACGAGCGGAAAAGCGUAGGCACCGAGAGCACAUUCCGCGAUAUGUCGGAUCCCGUCCAGCUUCGUGAGAAGUUGAGAUGGACCGCCGACGAACUCGAGAAAGACAUGCGGCGCGCGGAGUGCAAAGGCCGCACACUGUGCCUCAAGGUAAAGCUCCACACGUACGAAGUCUUCACGCGGCAAGUCGUCACACCCAAGGCUAUUUACCAAGCAGACGACUUGUACAACUUUGCCCUUCCCAUCCUCGCCAAGCUCGAGCAGGACAUGCCCGGCAUGAAACUCCGGCUCAUGGGCCUGCGCUGCACCCAGCUUGUCAGCACCAAGAAGCCAGACACCCGCGCAUUCUUCGGGUUCAAACCCAAGCGCACCGAGUCAGGUGAAUCAGAUCCAAGCGCAACCAGCCGUAGGGUGGGUGAUGACUCUCCCGCGGAAGAUGGCGGCGAAUGGGAGACCUGGCCCGAUGACAUGCUGGACGGCGCCGACGCGGAGCUGGAGGCGACCGCCUCGGCGCUCAUGGGCAACGAGCCGGCCAACGACGACGAGAACUACCGUCACCACGGGAAGGAGAUCACGCCCAACCCGAAGCGGAAAGCCCCACCGAAGGAGGAAGAGGAGUGGUGGGACUGCCCGAUCUGCAGCCGGCCCCAGGCGGCCGACGAGCGGCAGUUCAACGAGCACAUCGACCUGUGUCUGUCGCGGCAGACCAUCCGAGACGCCGUGCAGCGGGAUGCCGAGGUCGGCAGUCCCGCACCCAGGAGCGAAGGAGGGGACAGCAGCGGUACGAAAAGAGCAAAGACGGGGGCUGGUGACAAGAAGCGUGGGCGCGGCGCUUCCGCUGCAGCGGAUCCCCGGCAGAAGAAGCUGUUCUUCGGCUAG